UCCGUCAGUGAUCGUCUCCUCCCCCGCACCACGUUUCGAGAGUUAUCGCGGAUUUACCUGUUGCCGACGAUCCGCUCUGCGCCCGUCAAACUCACCUUCUCGCGCUAUUUUCGGCUGACAUCAGGAAGAAGUGGACAGCGGCAUUUGCGGAAGGGAAAACCAUCAUCCCCUUCCUUUAAUGGAUGAAAGGGAGAAAAUCGUUGAGCUGAAACAAUCUCUGGACAUGUUCAUGGACAACGUUGCGAAUUUGUUUCUCGGAUCUUCGUAACGUGGAACUUAAAAUUGCGCCGGUUUGAAGUCCAAGAACCGAUCAUACGCUGCUUUGGAGAAGAAAUAUCGCAAUUUGAUUGUAUCGAUGGUGAGUUGCGAACAGAAAUGCGGAUGGAAUCGGUGAACGUCGAGCGAUGAACAAGGGUGAAUCCGGAUGACGGGGAAUGCAAUGGAAGUGGAUCCUUCGGUGGAAGAACACUUAAACAUCAACCGCAAAUUGGCGCCCUGCAGAGAAUAUUGACCAGCACCACAGAGUGAGCUGGUAGUUCGUGAUAAAAGAGGGAACCUGGAAUUAAGCGUCAGGGGUUGGGGUCUGAGAUCUGUAAGCCUGGACCGGAAUGUGCUGUACAACCUGGCGGAAGUCCAGACUGAUGCGAAUCAGCUGAACGCUACUCUACCUUAAGCACUUGUUGUACGAAGUAACGAUGAUGAAUCGCCACGAGAACAUAUCGGACUUGUACAAGAAGCUUAAUAUAACCGAAGAGGACAUCGACUACCUGAACAACUUCAGCUUCCCAAACCUUCCGACGACUAGGACGACCAUUUCUUCGACCGAGGAGAAAUACUGCUACUGCAACGGUGUCGUUCGCGACCUUGCCCUCUCCUACAAGGUUUACCACGGCUACGUUGCCCUGAUAGUCUGCAUAUUUGGAAGCGUCGCGAAUAUGCUGAACAUCGUCGUUCUCACCCGGAAGGACAUGGCCUCGGCACCCAUAAAUCGCAUACUCACAGGACUCGCGACCGCCGAUAUGCUCGUCAUGUUCGAGUACGUUCCAUUCGCCGUCUACAAGUACCUCAUCCUUCCGGGACACAAGGUCUUUCCUUACGGAUGGGCGGUCUUCGUGCUCUUCCACAUGCACUUCGCCCAAGCCCUGCACACCAUCAGCAUAGGAUUGACCCUCACUCUUGCCGUCUGGAGGUACAUCGCCAUCAGGUUCCCGCAACACAAUCAUGCCUGGUGCACUGCUGCUCGGUGCAGAGUCGCACUCUGGAGCAGUUUUCUCGCCCCUUUCAUCGCCUGCGCUCCAAGCUAUCUGGUCUUCGGGAUCAGGGAGGAAAGGCUGGAGGAAAAUGGUCGGGUGGAAAUACUUUACUACGUCGAUGCGAUGGACGCAGACACGACGGGAAAGGGCUUCCUUAUUCAGUUGAACUUUUGGGUGUUGGCCGUAGUCGUCAAGCUCCUUCCCUGCCUGAUUCUGACCGUCAUUAGCUGCUGGCUGAUCAAAGCCUUGUACAAGGCGAAGGGAAGAAAGCAGGCGCUGAGGGAUUACAAUCCGUGCGCCAUUAACACAAUGAAGAACGGAGGCUCCCGGAGAGCCAGUAAAUCCGAGAGACGGACUGACCGGACAACUCGGAUGAUGGUUGCGGUGCUGCUCCUCUUUCUCGUCACCGAAUUCCCGCAGGGGAUUCUGGGCCUGCUUUCGGGCGUGCUGGGCGACUGUUUCUUCCGGAACUGCUACCACAAUUUGGGGGAGAUUAUGGACAUCCUCGCCCUACUGAACGGCGCCAUUAACUUCAUUCUCUACUGCUCGAUGUCGCGGCAAUUCCGGACGACCUUCGGCCAGCUCUUCAAGCCCAGGAUAAUGAAGAAGUGGCACCCGGCGACGCAGCAGACUGACAUACAGAGCACUUACGUAUGAUACAGGCCUGCCAAUGCCCCGAUUCAAGUCAGCUGCUUUUAACCCUUCCGUCUGUUCGUUGCGUUAUACCCCCUGCAAUGCCUCGCGCUAAAUGGCUGUGCAAAAACUCCUGUAUCUGUAUUUUCUCGCGUGUUGAAAACUCGAUCAUCCGCCGAAAGAAAUUCCUAAUUGUGGUCACUGUACAGUCCUUGACUAUUUUCAUUUUUUACCGUAGACGAGAAAUAUACUUCUCGGUACAAAAUGAGAAUAAAUGAGCUUUUUAGAUGUAACCAGAACAUCUAUAGGUGGGUAUGUGUUUUUGUUCCAUUUUUUAUUAUGCUCAAUCGUACUAUAUUUUCAUUGUAACUGUUGCAAUCAUUUUUGAGAUAUUGUCGGCUAUUUAACUUUAUCGAGAAACCAAGCAGCCAGAUUUAAUAUUGCAAUUACCGGAAAAUCUAGUACUGACAACUGUAAUUAUUCUAAAUAGUUAAUUGUAUCACAUUUUCUUGUGAUUCGAAGCAGAAUUUUCCAUGGUAAGUAUAACGAUGGAAACUUUCCUCAGUGUAUACUCUACUUUGUGUGAAAGCAUCGGAAGCUGUGCUUACUCGAAAUCAAAUCCCGACGCUAAUUCCUUUUUGCAUAUUUUAAAUCGUAAAAGUACCUUCUUCUCUUGUUAAAGGUACGAUCCUUGUGAUCAUUCAGGGGUGUCAAAAUUUCACUUCUCAUACAUCACAGUCUUGAAAGAAUGAAGGUAAGAAAAAGCGUAUAUUACUAUAUGUACGCAGCACGGAGAAAGCGAGGGGGAUGUAAGGUGAUUGACGUGAAAAAAAUGUUCACUCGAUUUUUAAGCUAAGAACUCGCGCUUGUCGCAUGAACUUAGAUUAUCGAAUUGCCGUCAAAGUUUACUCCCAGAAUACUCGAUGCACCGACAGGCCAGGACGUAUACUUAUAGGCAUUAUGUAACUAGGUAUUCGUUUUAUUCGAUAAAGAGCGAGCGGCGAACAACCUCGUUCAAAAUUCUAUCCAGUUACGACAAACGGCUGUUUCUCUUACAAAUUUAAUUACGUAAAUUUCAAGCGUCAGCGUUUGCGUAACCAUCGGAAGCCAUUUUUUCCCGAAUUCUUACCCAAACCCUCUGCCGUUGUCAAAUUGUGUGAUUAUAUAUGAAACUGAUAUUGCGAUUAUAUUACAAUCAAUAGAAUAAUUUCUGCGGAAUCUUUAUUCUUGUUGCCGGAAAAGUUGUCGACAAGUUAUCAAGCUUAUCAACGAUAAUCCUCAGAUUAUUAGAUUUCUUUGGCAACGGAUUGUCCUUGAAGUGAUAAAGAAGAAUAUCUGAAGCAAUGUUUUCACAAGCAUCGAUAUUGCCGUGUGUGUGUUUUUGUUAUUACGAACCCAACAAUGUGAGGUCCUGAAAUAUGCCGAUAUUAUUUCAAAAUUUUUUACAUUCGAAAUUGAGAUUUUCCUUUGUUCAAUGAAAUCAUGGACGUGGAACCUUUCACGUCAGGGAAUUGGAAAUUAAAAACUAAAAAAAAUGUCUCACGCAGAUUUUUCAACGCAACUUUCCAUUCGAUUAAAUUCGGUGAUAAAAAACCUUGUGCGAAAGAAUCCAAUUCUAUGGGGAUUAUCAUGAACGUGAAAAAAUAGAGUAAAUACCUGAGACCGAGAUAAUAGCGGGUUCUUUUAUUCCACGGGUCCAUUUUCCGGGUGAAAAAUUUUCGAAAUCAAACCACAAUUCCCUCAACGACGCAUAAACGUUGCUAUAUGUAUAUGUUUCGGAUAGCUCUUAUCUACGGAGGAAUUGAAACUGUUUUAAGUAUUAUACCAAGGCGAGGUAAGAAAAUUGAAAAUACAUGAAUAUUGGGUUAGCAUGGUUACAGAGGGUGGGAUGAGAAUAGGGAGGGUUCGGCGAGCCCACGGAGCAGAAAACAAUUUUAUCCUCUUUCUCGAAUGACUUUCGUUCAACCGUAGAAAUCGGGUCGGGGGGAUCAGCGAACGGGAAACGCGGAGCGACGGGUCAAGGGUGAAUAAGGUCUGAGGAAAAAUCCUUGUACCUACUCGGCACGGGGGGGAGGGGGAGGGGAAGAAAAGUAAAUAAACAGAAUGAAAUACUCUCCUCUCGGGGAAAUUGCUUGAUUGUAGUUAAAUCAAUUAGCUGUGCCUGCUGCUCUAAUUUCAUUAAUGACCCACCUCUCGUGGUUCCGAACUAAAUUGACCGACUUUACAUCAAUUACAGAAAAAUCAAGUUUCACGUUCCAAGCGCAGGGAAACGCAGUAAAGAUUUGUGACGAUUCGAUGCUUUCUCUUCUGUUUCUAGUGUUUCUUUUCUUUUUUUUUUUUUUUUUUUUUUUUUUUGUGCGUUACUUUUCUAAUUGUUCAGCUCUCAUUCCUUUUUCCGUGUAUCCCCGAUGAUAUCUGACCUACCAAUCCAAUUGGCUAGGUAACGAGACGAAGACAGCCGUGUGUAUUAUAAAUUACGGUUAGCUGAAGUCCGUUAAUUAUUUGUAAAUUGAAAAUUCGCUAUUCGUCGAAAUAGCAAUGUGUAAUGAUCGUAUGAAUAUUUAUAUACCUGUAUGUAUCGAUGAAUUUGUUGCGGUGUAAAAAUAAUGAGUGUAAACGAAGACAAGAGUUGAAAUAAAAACGUGGUUAUUUAUU